AUGGCGCCCAACUCACGUAUCAUCCUCACCCGACACGCACAAGCAGAACAUAAUGUCGGCUAUGACUGGUCAAUACACGAUGCCCCUUUGACCCCUCUUGGGCGUAAACAGGCCGCUUCCCUUGUUCAUCAGAUCCCCACGUCCCUUCAAAAUGAGGUUGAGCUCGUCGUGACCUCGCCAUUGAAGCGAACUCUGCAGACCACCAAACUUGGCUGGGCGCCAACCAUCGAACGUCUGGGGAUCAAGAACGUACUGUGCAUUCCCGAAGCCCAGGAAUGUAAUAACUAUCCCUGCGAUACGGGUUCAUCCCGCGAGGUGUUGGAGCAGGAUCCAGAGUUCGCAGACUUUGAUCUGUCUCGCCUCACUCCCGACUGGACGAGCAAGCAAGGCUUCUACGCCGAUUCCCGAGAUGAUGCUCUCCCAAAGCGAGCGCAUUGGGUCCGGAGGUUCCUUUUGGAGCGUCCAGAAAAAGUGAUCGUUCUUGUCGCUCACGGCGACAUUCUACGACAGAUCACUGCCACUGCGCGUGGGGAAGGGAAUCACGGCUGGCUCAACGCCGAGGCCAGAGAGUAUGUCUUUGAUCCCGACACACUCGACGGUGACUGCUUCUUACGCCAGGAGCAAGACAUUGCUGUGGCCGGUGGGUAUGCGCCAACUUCGACAGAGGCAGACAUUGUGACGGGGAAUUUGUGA